UGUUUUCAGCUCGCAGGAAUAAAUAAACAGUUGCAUUGUGGGACCAUUGAUUGACGUGGCGGCCAUUUCCCCGCUGGACGCUCACUUCCCAUUGUGGGCACGAAGAAAAACACAGACAAACCGAACACUUCUCCUGUAGUACCGAGACAUUACUCCGAGGUGAUCUCUUGAAGCCAUGGCCCGUACCAAGCAGACCGCCCGUAAAUCCACCGGAGGCAAAGCCCCUCGUAAGCAGCUGGCUACAAAGGCUGCCCGCAAGAGCGCUCCGUCUACCGGGGGCGUGAAGAAGCCUCAUCGUUACAGGCCUGGAACCGUGGCUCUGCGUGAGAUCCGUCGCUACCAGAAGUCCACUGAGCUGCUGAUCCGCAAGCUGCCCUUCCAGCGUCUGGUGAGAGAAAUCGCCCAGGACUUCAAGACCGACCUGCGCUUCCAGAGCGCUGCCAUCGGAGCUCUGCAGGAGGCCAGCGAGGCCUACCUGGUGGGUUUGUUUGAAGACACCAACUUGUGUGCCAUCCACGCCAAGCGUGUGACCAUCAUGCCCAAAGACAUCCAGCUGGCCCGUCGCAUCCGCGGGGAGCGUGCUUAAACCCUCUCUCACUCUCCCUUUCACCUCUGCUGUUUCACCUCCUUUCGUCCCUUCCUUCCUUCACCCGUCUAUCUUUUCCCCCCCGUUCCAUCCUGCUCCCUCCCGGUGUCGGUAGUAUGUAGAGGAAACUUAUAUGAUUAUAUUAUGAAUAAAGUGUAUAGUUGUGUUUUUCUUAGUGCUCUUGGCAGCAGGCUUUUAGGGUACUCUCUUUGUGUGCAUGUACCUGCUCUGUGGUGAUCAGGCCUCACCUGCACACACUCACACCAGCGCACGCUCGCAUGUGUGUCUGCGUUGGCAGUCUUCAAGCUAUGCCUCAAGAAGUGUACCAAUUCAAUAAUAAAGGUGUUAUUUUGUGCACAGAAAAAGGAAUAGAUUGGAUGGGACUGCGAAUGGAGGGGGAACAGACAGGAGGUGGGGUCUGCUGGGUGUCUCUGCUGCCCAGCAGGGUGCUAGGAGAGCCUCACUCUCUGCUCCUGCCAGGUGCUCUACCUGAGUAGAGGUAGUGUCCAGGUCACGGGCUGCAGCCACUUGCUAGACUCCCGCUAGCAACGCUGGAAUGUAACUGCACCCCGUUGUGUCUGUGUGUGAUGGGCAGCUCUGAUCAGCACCGCAUAUUGUAUACAAUUCAUAAAGUAUCUUUUGAAGAAGAUUGAUUUUAUUACCGUAUAUUGAUCGUCGCCGUCAUGAUUGUUCUGUUUGUUUUUAAUUUGACAAUAACAGGCAUGGGGUUUUCACUGCAGACAUUUUGUGAAUGACUUGAGGAUGGGGGGUGUGAUUCAGAUACAAAUAAAACGUUACCUUUUUCUACUGACAAACAAAGUCAUUGUCUUGCUUAGGCAACCAAAGAUAAAUCUUUAAAGAUUAUUUUUCUAAUUGACGUAACAUAAUCCAGUUUCUUACUGUUCGGUUCUAAUUGGCUGUACUUAAUAGUAUGAGCCAAAGCAUGAACAUGGAUGUUAAGAUUCAGUGAUAUCUUUUAAGACUGGCUAGGUUUUGAUCCAGGCCUUUUUAUGCAAAGGUUUGUUGCGAUUGGUACUUUCUCCAAAAUAAGGCGAAAUAUAUUUUUUGAAAAAUGAACUGGAAAAUGUGAAAUUGUAUUGUAACUCGAUGUUAAUUCAUCACAAAUUCUGAAUUCGCCUUUCUGUAUUCAUUCCCCCUGGCUUCUCCUUCAGAUCCAUACAUCAUCUGUGUACCUUUUCUCAGGUUCUCAUCUUUUUUACUUAAAUCUGUACAUUUGAUUUUCUCAAUUUCUCAUUGAAAUACAUAACUUUUUCUUUUUUUACUUUGGGGAUAAUGUUUCAAUUAAAUAUUUGUAUUUUCAAGAUUUGUCAUAUGAGGUGGUAAUAAAUUGAUGUUAUACGAACCCA